AUGGUUGACAGAAUCAUCACGAAUACGACGCAACAAUUUCUUCUUCUUCUUCUUCUUCUUCUUCUUCUUCUUCUUCUUCUUCUUCUUUUAGUGUAUUCACGUCGUCGAUCCGAAUCUAUCUAUCUAUCUAUCUAUCUAUCUAUCUAUCUAUCUAUCUCAGUCUGUUCAUCUAUCUAUCUAUCUAUCUAUCUAUCUCAGUCUGUUCAUCUAUCUAUCUAUCUAUUUCAAUCUAUCAUCUAUCUAUCUAUCUAUCUAUCUAUCUAUCUAUCUAUCUAUCUAUUUCAGUCUGUUUAUCUAUCUAUCUAUCUAUCUAUCUAUCUAUCUAUCUAUCUAUUUCAGUUCUAUCUAUCUAUCUAUCUAUUUCUAUCUAUCUAUCUAUCUAUCUAUCUAUUUCUAUCUGUUCAUCUAUUUAUCUUCUUUUUUAUCUAUCUAUCUAUCUUUCUAUCUAUCUAUCUAUCUAUCUAUCUAUCUAUCUAUCUAUGUUGGUUUCAGCCAAUCAAUCCCCACACCAUUGCACAAUCAAAUAUCAAACUUUACAGGAGUUCAAGUCAAAUUCUACAUCAGUCUCGACUUGUUUCUACUGAAAUUCUCUCUUUUCCCACGCGUUAG